CCUCAAACUAAAUAAAUAUACCACACCCCUUCAUUCUCUCUAUAUAACCUACACCAAGUUCCAACUAUCAAUCACAUGCCAAUACUACAACAUUCAUCACAUUAAUUCAUUCACAAUGAUACUCCUAUUACUCUCAAUAACCCUCCCAAUAACCCUCAUCUCAUACCUCCUCCACAAAACCCUAAAACCACCAAAAUCCCCCCUCCCACCCGGCCCACGACCCCUCCCGUUCAUCGGAAACCUCCACCACCUCGCCACCGCCACGAACCUCCACCUCUACCUCCACAAACUCUCCCAAAAAUACGGCCCCAUCAUCCACAUGAAACUCGGCCCCACGCCUCUCCUAGUAGUCUCCUCCCCAAAACUAGCCAAAGAAGUCCUAAAAAAUCAAGAUUCAUCCUUUUGCAGCAGACCAAAAUCCUUAGGACAACAAAAACUCUCCUACAACAACUCCGACAUCAUCUUCUCUCCAUACAACGACUACUGGAAGGAGAUGAGAAAGAUCACAUCCAGUCACCUCCUAAGCCCGAAGCGCGUCCAAUCCUACCGCCCCAUCCGGGAAGACGAGAUCUCCAAAAUGAUCACGAAGAUUUGGAGCUUCUCCCACGCUCGGGAGGCAGUGAACUUGAGCGAGAUGACGUUGACGCUCGGCAGCAGCUUGAUAUGCAGAGUUGCCUUCGGGAAGGAAUGUUCUAGAAGGUUCGAUGAGCUUCUAGAAGAAGUGCAGGCCGUGGCGGUUGCUUUCUACGUUUCGGAUUAUUUUCCGGCCUUCGGGUGGGUGGAUAGGGUCACCGGGAUGCUAGCGAGGCUCGAGAAGACGUGCGAGAGGAUGGAUUUGUUUUAUCAAGAGAUGAUCGAUGAGCAUCUUGGCCGGAGAAGGGAGGAGGCGGCGGAGGAAAGUGGUGACAUUCUUGAUUUGUUGAUUGAGCUCAAAUUGGAGGAAAAGAUGAAUUCUUUUGAUUUUGGAUGGGAUAAUAUCAAAGCCAUGCUACUGGAUAUAUUUGUAGCUGGAGCAGAAACAAGUUCAUCAUCAAUUGUUUGGACGAUGACAGCUCUCAUGAAAUCACCCACCACUAUGAAAAAAUUGCAAAAUGAAAUCAGAAGUUUGAUAGGAAAAAAGGGCAAAGUAGAUGAAGAUGAUUUGCCCAAACUCCCAUUUCUAAAAGCAGUAGUAAAUGAAAGCAUGAGAUUGUAUCCUACUGGUCCAUUGCUUGUACCAAGAGAAACUAUAGAAAAAUGCAAUCUAGAUGGAUUUCAAAUCCAACCAAAAACAACUGUUUUUGUGAAUGCUUGGGCAAUUGCAAGAGAUCCUGAUUCUUGGGAGAAUCCUGAUGAGUUUACGCCUGAGAGGUUCUUGAAUAGUAGUAUUGAUGCUAAAGGGAAAGAUUUUGAGUUUAUCCCGUUCGGGUCGGGGAGAAGAAUGUGCCCUGGAAUGGCAAUGGGGCUUCUGAAUGUGGAGCUCUCGGUUGCAAAUCUAGUGUAUACUUUCGACUGGGAAUUGCCCCCGGGGAUUUGCAGAGAAGACGUGGAUACGGAGCCUUUGCCCGGCCUCGCCAUGCGGAAGAAAAAUGCACUUCUUAUUGUGCCUAAAAAUUACGAUGUUUAGUUUCGAGAAGUGUUAUAAAGUGGCAAAUUUUUUGCUUUAGCCUUCUUUUUUUAUUUU